CACACCUUCCGCUGACGCUUUUUGCACAGCCUGUAUUUUUCAGAGAAGAGUGAUUGCAUGCAGUUCAGGUAAAAGGUCAUACAUAGUACGCGUGUUCUGUCUGUAUGGUACGUGCAACAACUAUCAAAUUUUACGCGUUCGGUACGGUGGCAGUUUCAUUAUUAUUGAAUCACGCGUGCAGCCAGUAAUUUUUCCGUAUGGAUUUCUCGCAUGAAUGGGCCAGGGCCAGGGGAGACCUCGCGUACAGAUGCUAACUAUACCGUUACACGUAGGCCUACAUCUACACAGUGGUACAUGCAAGGCUACUUUAUUGUACUGUAAAUCCUAUUUGAUUUACACGUCGGCCUGUGUAUACAAGGCAGUGCAACUGAACGUGAACUUGCAGCCACUUUAAUUUAAAUCACCGUGACAGUUUGGUGUGAAUGCUGUGAACAUCCAUUACCGUGCCGUAUAGCAUACACCAUAAUUUGGCACAUCUCUUCCGGGAUAACACAUUCGACAAUAUGGGGAUUGGACUAACAUGACGAACUCUACGACCGUGGCGCCCAUGUCUCCAAGCCCCGGAGACAACACAACGGGACUGGGGAAUUUGCACGAAGAACACCCGUCAGAAAAGCUAUCAGCCUGCGCUCAGACGUCCUAUGAGCUUAGUUCCUGGAUCCAGUACAGCCUAAUACCGGCCCUUACGAUCAUAAUAGUGUUUUCAUUCUUGGAACCGCGAGUCCGUCUAUGGCCAAAAUGCUGCAAGAUGAGGCCCAGUAUUGCCAGUCCGGCGAAUUUGAUCGAUUCCUACGAUGACCGUUGGGCCUUUGCCUGUGCCUUUGCGGCCAUGUCCACCUGUGUUAUCAUGCUGUUCACCGGGGAGUGGUUCUACAAUCCUGACAUAUCAAGCGUUCCGGAAAUGUUCCAAGGUACCAUCCUGAUAUUCAUUGCGAUAGUCAACGUGUUGGAAAUCAGCAUAGCGUACUAUCCGCUGCUGCUCUGCCUGAGCACUGACCACGAGGCGCUUGGGAACACGCUUGGACUGAUCAACACAUCAAUCUGGAUGUAUUAUUACAUUGCUACACUGGCCGCCUGUCCGAGGGAUGGCGGGAUGGAAGCACAGACAAUCACGGCAGUGCUGGGACCUGUGUACAUCUGCUACUUGAUCCUGUUUCUGCGCUUCUUCUACGGGAUGGUUGUCAGCAUUCGUAAAAUGUUCUGCCCUGCAAAAGAAUCUUCGGUUAAUAUGGUCACGAUUGGAGGUGAGAGAGAUGACGCAUUUGCUAAGACCCACUACUACAAGAGAGUCAAAUAUCUCCUAACUCCGGUUAAACCCGAGGGUGAAGUGAGCUUUACUGUGCGACUGCGCCGAAAGUUUAUUGACGAUGCCCCAGGCUUCAAGUUCUCGAGAAGAAGUAUUUGCACGUUUGUUCUCAGCGCUCUGACUACGUAUCAGCUCGGCUUGGUGUACGUCAUGUCCAUAACAAGUGUCUGGGAUGCCACAAAUCAGACUUUUGCCGUAGGCGGCGAACUGUACGACUUGUUUGCAAAGGUCAACGAGACGAGCACGUUUCUCAAAAUCAAGACGUUCUUUGAUAUAGCAGAAGAUACCUUUUGGCCAACUUGUUAUUUCGCCAUAGCCACCACGGUAGGAUACAGUCUUCACAUGCUCAUAUGCUAUAGGAAGCACACGCUUCGGCUCUGGCGGGGCAACAAGGACUUCUGCCCGACCAAGCAGGCCAGUUUCAGCUCUCUCGUGGUUGCAAAUCUUCGGUUUACUGGCUACCACAUUGGUUUUUCUGUGUGGGGAUUUUUCAUUCUCCAAAUCUUGUCUUGGGUCAUCGUGUUCUUCAUCGUGUACUUCAUCAUCUAUCCCCUCACCAUAGCGGUUGAGACGGUAGUGCUGGGCCUCCUUAAAAAUUAUUGGUUGAGCUUGGUGGUUGGUUUCGUCUUGUACUACGCCCAGGUGUUCCUAUCCCAGCUGGCGUUUCUUCAGAGCGAAAAACAAGACAACAAGACAACCACACAUUUUUGUCUUGACAACAGGCGAGCCUACAAUGUGACAGUCUACAUAACACUCUUCAUGAACGUCAUCCUGGGCCUGUUGUCCUGUCUGAUGCGGAUCUUCAAAGCGGUGAUCUUCGGGGUUCUGUUCAUCGGUCGCAUCGAUCGGAGCACGCUGAUGCGUGGCUGGGAGCUGUGGGAUCCAGGAUUCAAGGCCUACAUUGGCUUCUUGCAAUUGGAGGUGGCACACACGCAUCCAGUUGUGGUGACGUUUUGUCAUCUGCUGUGGAAGACCAUUGACACCAGCAGAUCAUCGCAACCAAGUUACAAGACUUUCGAGGUGGUUGAGGAAGCCCAACAAGAAAACGUCAAGAGCGCUAGCUCUACGCAUUCCUUGCCCAAGGUGAAAUGCCGACGGGCCCGCAACCGCUGGUUCGUCGCCCUGACGCUCAUGCGUAACAGGGCGCUGACCAUCAGUCGGGUCCCUGUGCUCCCCGAACUGCAACAGGUCAGGGAGGACUCUAGGGACAAGACUGGCAGUAACGCGGUAAAGUGGCGGCAGAUGCCGAAGGUGCGACCACUGUCACUACAGAGACUGAGCAAUGGGUCUAGUUAUGAUCGCCUCAACGAGAUGGACCCAGACGACAUCCAGGGUCAUAACCACCACCUCGUAGACGUUCUCCAGCCGUCCGUUCGCACCAAGAGCUCCGAAGAGAAUUCGUCUCCUCCGAAGGAGACGGACUCGCUGCUGGAGGGUCAGACUAAGCCCAGACGGUCCAUGAGCGGACGGAGCUCCAGCCCCAACAGCGUCAUCUUGAAGCUGGAGGAUGAUGACCCGAGAACAGAUACGGACGCAUGAUCGAGAUUACGCUAUGUGGACACUUCUCAUUUCCCGAUUUGGGGUUCAAUGUUCUAGAUUCGCUCGUCCUAAACAAUAUAUUCAAGUGCGCCACUGAUUCCAUUCAUAAAAAUCUCGUGAAGGCAGACGUCGUAAAGCAGUGUGGAUAGGUCACUUGUCAUGCGCACAUGGAAGUACUGACUCUGGGUCAUCGAAAAACAAAAUCCGUACACUAGCUCAGAGAAAUGUGGGAUCACCGGUGUCGUUGGAUAGGGCGGAGGGUACGAGCGAAGGAUUGAAGUUCAAGUUGGAAUUCACUCUUAAGGGUUAAGGGCAAGCUUCAAUAGAAGGCAGCAGAUUCAUCAGUUGCCAAAGGACUGGACCAAUCUCGUUCACAUGGUGUCGAGCAGUAUACUCUCCCACCACUAUCUACUCUCACCAUGGUAUAACCCUCUCUACUGAUGACGUCACGCUUUAUUUACUUGUACGCUUUUCUUCGGGGCUACGAAACCGCCGUUCCCACCUGGCUCCCAUAAGAAAGCACACGUGUAAACAAAGUGUGACGUCAUCAGCACAGAGGCUUAUUAUCUCAUUUGCAUGUUCAAAACUCUUGCACAUCUGGAACAGUCUGGUGCCUAGAUGUGCUUUAAAUCAGUGUUUGUUUUUGUAUGCGAUAUCUGGGGUUUAAGUCGUCAAAUUUGUUAUUCAGUUUGGUCAAGUGAUAAUCUAUAGUAAAUAAUUACGGUAAUGAUGCUUUAUAACAUGUUAAAUGUGUGUCGAAAAUAAUUCAGUGGAAUUCAAAUAAUGUGAAAACACGUUAUUGUAUCUCGUCUGGUGUAUUUGAUUUACUCAAAGUGCACUGGUACCGAAUGAAACCAGCCAUAGUGCCUAUAUUUGGUUGCAGCCAAAAAAAAAAAUCAAGAUUUUUUUAAUAAUGCAACGGCUGCAGUUCUUCACCUGGUCUGGAAUUGCUCCUAUAUCAUGUGCCAAUCACGACCUUGUUGACUGUUCUAAGGGAUUUUGGUUUACAAACGAUCACCAAUUAACUCGUCGAAUUCGUCAUUCAGUUUGGUAGUGUGAUAAUCUACAGUAAAUAAUUAGGGCAGUGAUGCUUUAUAACAUGUUAAAUGAGUGUGGAAAAUAAUGUAAUGGAAUUCAAAUUGUACGAAAACAUGUUGUUGUUUCGCGUCUGGUGUAUUUGAUUUACUCAAAGUGUAUGGGUACCAUACGAAACCAGCGUAGAUUUUAAGGCGUAUGUGCAAACCGAUUCAAAAUGUCUUUCACGUUAACAUUUCGCAUUCUGUGCAGUUUGUAAAUUUAAUAUGUGUGUAUCUUGUAAUUGUACGACUGUUUGUCUUUGUAACAUAUUGCAGCCAUUGAGAGAUUCCUCAUCGGUUUAACAAGAAAGAACCAAAACAAUCUAAAUUGUACAUGUUUAAGAUAUUUUAGUGUUGACAUGAGGACGAGUUCUUACUGUAUAUACGUUAAUACAUCUCUAAGUGAAUUGUUUUUGUUUUGCUGAAAGAACACUUACCUUUUUUUUUGUGAUCCAUGGACAGAACUUUAA